AUGCCUGAAAUCCUUGUUGAUACCUUUCCCUUUGAAGUCAUUGACACUAUUCUUCUUUUCUUGUCCAAGAAAGCCUUGAGAACUUUUUACAGUGGGUUAUCGCAGGAUUCGGAACUCAGGCAACUUGUGCUUUCCAGAAUGUACAAAGAGAUAAGAGUGGAGGAACCCGAUCAACUAGUUGAAGCAGUUAAUACCAAUGUGAGAAUUGGGACGAUGCGUUGGAAUUAUCAAGAGAAACACCUUUCAUUUUUCAAAGAAUACCCGUCAUUAGCAUCGAACAUUGCCGAUGUUAAGCUCAAGGUCGGGGCUCCUUAUGACUACACGAUACUUGAAAAGAUCCCACUUACGAACAUUUCGCAUUUAGAAGUCACUAAAGUGAAAAGUUUCAAGCCAUCUUUGGUUCCUCGCACUUUGAAACUGAUAGAACUCUCUUUUCUGGCCGCUGCAAUUCCCAUGAGGAUGGACGGAUGGCCACCUUUGUUGUCUUCCUUAAAAAUCGUAAACUACAACAAUUUAAGUCUCAUUGAGCUUCCAGAAUCCCUCAGAGAACUCACUUGCGAGGAUCUGUAUGAGGCAUGGGACCGGUUCCCUUCAAAACUUGAAAAAUUAACUCUCCACUAUGUGAAAGAAUUGCCACUCGAGAGAAUUGACUUUCCAGAGUUACUCGAGGAGUUACGGAUUACUCGAUGUUCUGUCUAUGAUAUCGAGAAGUUAGUGACCAGGUUACCUCAAAAAUUGAAAAAGAUAUAUUUUUCAGAGUAUAUCGCCGACAAGAUAUCAAGUCUCGAGUUUCCUGACUCAGUUGAGAAUUUAUCUCUCAAGUUCUGUAAUCUCCUGGGUCUUGAAGGCUUCAGAUUUCCGAAAUCUCUCAUAAAAAUCAAUUUGAAUCGCAACGAUGUCAAGAAGAUGCAAAACUUGCAGUAUCCAGAGUCCUUGAGGGUGCUAUACUUGGAAGAAUGUGAAAUCACGACGCUAGAUGAUUUUGAGUUUCCCAGUCUGCUUCGAGAAUUGUACUUGUCAUAUAAUCCUAUUACCAGUUUGACCGGUGUUAGAUUUCCUGAAUUGGAGGUGCUUGAUCUAACAACCUUCUCUGCAACAAAUGAACUUAGUAUGAGGAAUGUCAGACUUCCUUCUACUCUCAAAGUAUUGAAAGCUAAUGGACUCGUAAUCAACGAUUAUGUGAGAUCCCGUUUCCCUCCAAGCUUGAUAGAAUUGGAGGUAGCUGUCAGUGGCAACUGGCAUAGUAUGCGGCUUCCUCCUAGCUUGCAGAGCUUCAAACUAACGGUUCCGUUACGCAAGGGCAAACGUAGAGGAAAAGACAAAGCAGAAGGCGAAUUCAAUGAUAACCUUUCUCAUCUUAAUUUUCCCACAACACUACAACUGCUUAUUAUAGAAAAUGGGAGAAGUAUCGACUUUGACUGCAGGCUCCCCUUCUUGCAGAGAUUGGGCUUACAUGAUUUCGAGGGCCUGGUGAAGGUUCCACAGUCGGUGAAUAUUCUAUCAGUGGAUGUUAGACAUGCACAUUUCUUGAAAGGAAUAGAUGUAUCUCAGAAAUUGGAAGUAUGCAACAUUUGCUGCCUGAAGGGCAGCUUCAACGAAGAAAUAAAGAAUUUGAAGGACUAUCAAAAUGACCAUGGUUUGAAUUGA